AUGCUCUCCCCCAAGUAUCCCCGUUCCCCGCCGCCAGUACGGCCCUCGCGGUCGCUGGAAGGCCUCGAGCGAGUGAUUCCACCAACACCCACUUCACCCUACAUGCCCUCCUCCGCCAUGACGCUGGGCUACUCCACCACGACGCUGUACAAACCUCCCUGCUCACCCACCCGCUCCGACCUCUUCCUCAACAAGCCCCUCCCCGCAAAACCCCUCCCCGAGGAUCCGCCCGAGUUCUCCGCCAUGUGGAGCGACUCGAGCGACGACAGCGACAGCGACAGCGAACUCACCAUCGACAGCACCGUCGCCAGCCCCAGUGAACCGCGCGAUUCCACCGAGAGUUAUCUCAUCUUUGUCAGUUCGGGCUCUGAUGAUUAUGGCGAUUUGGUCGAUCACCCGGUCCCCGCAGAUCGGAAUCCAGAUGCGGAACACCUUAGUUUGGGCCCGGUCCGCUCUUCAUCUCCACCGACUAUUGCAGAGGAGUCUCGCUCGCGCACGGACGUCGAGUCGCUGGUCGAGUCGCGAGGCGGAGGGGGAGGGAGUGAAUACGAGUCGGGCAAUAAUUCGACAACCUCCCGGUCGGAUGCCCAGUAUGGCCGAUUAUCUCAAUGGUCGCAGAACCGCAGCGGCCCCAAUCACUACUUCCGCGAGAAGAAGUGGGAUUUCUUCCCGGAGUUGGCGACCCCGUCAGCUUCCCAGGCUGGUGGGCGGACGAGUCCAGCCUUGCGGAGUGGGAAAUCCCGCAAGAAGGAUGGUCGGUUGAAUGUUUCCAAGCGGAAACGGUGGCAUUCGCUCGAUCGGCCGGGUCUGGGAUUGGCAUAUGGUGUGCGUGAUUCGAUCAAGACGUACGUUCACCGGACGCUGUCCCGCGACUCGACCGAGGCCAAAGCCAAAGAUGCUCCGCGGCCAUCAACUGCCCCGGUUGAUGUACUGGGGACACACCUUUCUUUCCAUCGUCCUGCAGAUAUCCCGGUCGUUCCUCAUUCCGACGUGAAUGUUCAACUCCGCGCACUCUCCAUCUCGACGGCCUCUACCGCAAGUGAAAUGCCUCCCAGCCCGGCGAGUCCACGCUCAUAUCCACCUCGUCAAAAACAACUCGCCGUACCCAUGUCGAACUAUCAAAAAUAUGGACCUGCGAUCUGGGAGUCCCCCAAGAAAUCCAAGAAGAAGACUGCGCGGACCCAGCGGUAUCCAGGCACCCGGUCUGGUCCUACUUCCCCGACCUUUGGGCAAUUCUCAAUUGCAAACCCCACGCCACCGCUCUCUCCACCAUUCAAGAUGCAGCUACAGAAUGGAUCACGAGAGGCGGUGCGGGUCAUCCAAGGUGGCACAAGCCAGGUUCUUCUCGCGUUGGAUGGCGCGAAGAAGAAGAUGGCCGAGUCGAAAGAUGAACGGCGACGGGAACAGUUGAAGGCGCAAAUCAAAUUGAUCGGGCCUGUGAAUCCGCAUACGUAUAUGCAAGUUGAUCCUUGGGUUUGA